AUGCAAACAACUGGAUCAAGGUUCAAAAUAGAGGAUGUUCAAUUGAGUUUGGGAAGGAGAAAUCUAGGAUUACCACAUUUAGUCAAAAUAAUUCGUUCAAAAGAUAUGUCUGAAGGAAGUGAUAUAACAGUUUCAAUUGAUAUGCCUAGUCGGAUGCGGGAAGUUCAAGAAUCGUAUGUGUGUCAGCGAACAAUGCCGUCGUUGACAUCGAUGAAUUCUAAUUUUUCCGAUGACGACCAAGACGUAUUGUUGGCAAUUAGAGAAAACAGGUUAAGAUAUAAUCCGAUAGAAAUCAUAGCUGUGGAGAAUGAAUUUACGAUCCCCAGUAGCUAUUUUGUAGAUGAACAAGAAAUAUUCACCUUCGCAGACGGCCACGAAUUUCAGCCCUUUAACAUAUAUGAGGGGUUAAAUUUUGAGGGCGGUUCGUUUGGAAUAAAUGUCAUGACCAUUAAUCCUCCAACUGGUAGGGGGCAGUGA